GGCUAGUUCAAGUUGCCAUAGCAGAGGAUGGUGGUCCCUCACACUCAUCUUCUACGUUAACCGUCAUUUUUGGCCACACGGCCUCCGACCCAUGGCAGCAUGGACUCCUCCAGUGAAUCUGACACCCAUGACAGACCCAGAGGGCAUCGAUUACGGGUCAGAGAGAGCCGAAUGAGACCUGACAGCAGGUAUCCCAGGGAUACAAAUGUUUCUGAAAUAUCAGAUAAAAUCGAAACUCUGGCAAACACUCUACAGGACACAAGUCGAAACCUAAACAAAGUAGAUCAGAUGUUGGGCCAAUACAGGGAACACACAGAUGACCAAACUGAAGCCAUGGCGACACUGAGGGAGAGCUUAGAGGAAUCCAUCCAACAGCUGCAGGGCCAGCGACUGAGAAGGUCCAGGGGGGGCCGGUGUUCCUCCCUCUCUACCCUCCACACCAGUGAUCUGGAGGAUGGCAACUCUUCGGAAAGCAGGCGGUACUUGCCCACGUCCCCUCUGAAGGAUUAUGGGAGUGUGGACACAGGUAACAGAAGACGUUCUAGAUCUGUCGCGGUGCGUUUCCAAGACUCGCCUCGAUCUGAAGAGCAGAUUCACUCAUUGCAUCAGUCUCUCAGAGACCUGCGGAGUGAUCAACUUCGAAUGGAGGAUGACAUUGACAGGGAGAUCUGCAGAAGAAACAGGACGGACAUUGAAAACAGGAAAACAUUUGAGAAUCUUGCAGGUCAUAUCCAAGCAUCACAGAGAGAAGAACCUGUCUCGUUACGGGUGGAGAGACGUCUAAAAGAGAUCGAGGAUGAGAUGCACUCUGGGCGACAGGUGCUCUCUGAAAGAUGUCACAGAGAGACAGCAAAACACAUGUCUGGAGAACUGCAGGAGGCUUUGAGAAGACAUGACGCCCAACCCACGGAGGCUGAUGAGACCUUCAGAAAUAGACUGCAGAGAUCAGAGACGGAGAAAAGCAAGAUGGAGCAGGAGUUGGACAGACUAAGAAGGCAGCUUGACCAGUCAGAGGGUGGACGAGACACUCUUCUCCAGCAGAUGGACGACAUGCGUUCACAGCUCCUGAGAAUGGAGAGAGAGCGUGUAGACCUGCAGGGGCAGUUCUCUUUACUGCAGUCCCAGCAGCAGAAGAGCGCAGGAGGACACCAGGAGAGAGGGGUCACCGGACACGGCCGUGAACGGACAGAGCUGCAGAGAGAGAUUGAAGACCUGAGGCUGCAGCUCGGCAGAAUCGGUGCCUCCAGUGAGGUGGAAGAACUGAGACAAACCGCAGAGCGAAAAGAGAAAGAGAAAAAUCAGCUCGCUUUCAGGGUCGAGGCUCUUUCUUCCGAUCUGGAGCGGCGUGAGCAGCAGCAGUUGAGGAUGUUGGCCCAGCUGAAGGAGAUUCAGUCGCGUUCGGAGGAAAGCGGAGCAGACCGCGCCCGUCUGGAUGCCCAACUCACCGAGAGCGAGAGGAGAAGAGAGGAGCUGCGCUCCAAAGCUCAGGAGGCUAUCCGACAGUGGAAGGCCAAGUGCAGGAGACAGGAGCGAGAGCUUCAGGAACUAAAGGAUGAAAGCAGAUCCGACUCUGAUAAAGCUAGACGGAUAAAAGAAAGAGAAAGCGUUCUCAACCAGCAGACGGAAGCCGCACGGCGACAGCUUGCGGAUGCUCUCGGACGCCUCGCUCAGCGUGAGGAGGACGUACGACGUUGCGAUGUGGAUCUCGCUGAAGCUCGUUCGCGUCUCACAGCUUUAGAACAGGAUCUGCGAGAAGCUCAGGAAACCUCCAGAGGCCUAGAAGAGGAGGUGCAGAAACAGAUCACCCUUCAGGGCCGUCUGAGAGAGGAGAGCGUCAGGCUACAGGAACGUCUGGAGCUUCUGGAACAGAGGAGGGGAGAGGAACAAAGAUCUUUGGUGGAUCUUCAGGGCUCGGUCAAGAACCUCAGUGUCGCGAGAGCCGACCUCACCACCAAAUUGGCCGAAGCGGAGAGCUCUAGGAAGGAGCUGGAAAAACAGCACGCGGCGGCUCAAGAUGAGAUCUCAUCUCUGGGGAGACAGUUGGAACGGGAGAAGGAGGUGCAUCAGAAGGAGCUAAAACACGUCAGAACGACCCAUCGAGAGGACAUAGCCAAACAAGACAAGGAUAUACACGACAUGCUGAGAUUAUACCAGCGAGAGCGAGAAGAGCUGGAGGCUCUCGUCAGAGACCUUAGGUCAGAGGCUGUGACGGAUAAUGAACUACGGAGAGCUUUACAGAUGAAGCUGGACAAGAUGAAGACAGAAUGUGACAAAAUGACAGAGCAGCUGAGCACCAGCGAGGCGAGUCAUACCCAGCUCCUCCGCAAAUACCACAACUUCAGAAAAGAGCUGGACGUGAAGGUGAAGCUGGCAGAGAGGGCUGAGGAGAAAAGACAAACUGCAGAGGACUCGACGGCAGAGCUGCGUGAGAGGGUCACGGGCCUCCAGACGGAGCAGGAGUCCAUCCUUCACACCAUAGGGGCUCAGAUUGACUCAGCCUGCCAGUUCCUGUCAAAAGACUCAGACGCCAAGCUUCAAGCCAUCACAUUUACUCCAGGACUGCAGAAGGAUCCUCAUCGCUGGCUCGCUGAGGCUAAGACGAAGCUCCACUGGCUUUGUGAGGAGGUGCGUGAGCGGGAGGCGAUGGACAGGAGGCUGAAGAGGACUCUACAGCAGCAGAAGGAGCAAACGAAAACUUUGAAACAAAGCAGAGACUCCGAACAGCAGAGCCUCCUGGACCGUAUUGCCCAGCAGGACCGGCUCCUUCAAGACAUCCAAUCAGAGAAGAGAGAUAUUUUUGAGAAAAGUCGCAGGAGAGAAGAGGAAGUGAGAAAUCUUCAGGAUCGAAUUGCUGAUCUUGAAACGAGCACCAGGCUGGCCUUGGAUCAUUUGGAGUCGGUUCCUGAGAAACUCAGUCUGCUGGAGAACUUCAAGGAUCUUGAGGAGUCACAGAGGCAGAGAGAAAUGGUGGAGCAACGUUACGCCAAAUAUAAAGAAAUAGUCGGGAACCUCCAGCAUCAGCUUGAGGAAUCUAAGAGGAGGAUUCAGGAGUACAGGGAUGACAAGUUGGAUGCUACUUGUCGCAGUCUUCAUCUUACUGGUUUGACAUCAUCCCUGCGCAACCAAAGUAAUUUCAUGACCAGCACCACACUCUCUGACCCUACCUCUCCGCACAAAUAUCUUGGCAGUGCAGAUUUGGACAGCAGCGUCACAAAACAUUCCCCUGUCAACGGAGCAACCUCUGAAAACACCAGCAUGUAGCUUGUGUGAAAACUCAACACUACCUCAAAUGCACUGAUGCCCACAAAAGCCUUACAUUCAGACCUGUUGCUGUCACUGAGAAGACGUGUGUAGUGCUUUGAGUUGAUCAUUAUCUUCUGUGUCAUUACACAGUUUGCUUUCAGUUCAUUGAGCCAAAUUCUGCUUAACGUUAUAUGACUUUAUAUGUUGUUACUCUGUGUAAAAUCGUAUUUUCAUCAGAUUAUUAGAAUAUGGUGCUUCUAACAGUGUUGAAUUAAUUUGAAAUAUUCAGAGAAAACACUAACUAUAAUAUCGUAUAGUCAUGUUUUAUAUUUAUUUAUGAUUUUUUUCCAGAUAUACUGUAUUGUCAUCAUUACUGUAAUGAAGCAAUAGUUUUAGACAAAUGUGGACGAACUAUUUUGAUUGAAUAUUGAUUACACAAUAGUUGUUCAGUUUUUAUACAGUAAAUUCAGUAAAUCAUAAUUUGCUAAAGUACAGUGCCUUUUUGUAUGCAUUUGUAUUUUAUACAUUUUAUUUAUGCUAGUUUAUACCGUUUUUACAAUAAUAAUGAACAAGAUGAUUGUUUUUUAUUGUUGAAUUAAAUCACUUAAGCACA